AUGGUGCCCCGUGAGGGACCCCGGGUCCCUGACACAGAGCUCCUCAAAAGACCCUGUCUGUCACUGUCAUGGAGCUCCACGAUCUCCCGAGUGGCGUCUAAAGAGCCAGAGGUCCUCGGGGAGAGCAGUGCAUCCUCCGUCACCCUCCGACUUCUUGGACAAACUCAUGGGAGAACCUCAGGCUACGACGCCAGAAUUAGGCCCAACUUUAAAGGUCCUCCUGUGAACGUAUCAUGCAACAUAUUCAUCAACAGCUUUGGCUCCAUAGCUGAGACUACAAUGGACUACAGAGUGAACAUCUUCCUCCGUCAAAAGUGGAACGACCCCAGGUUAGCGUACACAGAGUACCCUGACGGUUCUCUGGACCUGGACCCCUCUAUGUUGGACUCUAUCUGGAAACCUGACUUGUUCUUCGCCAACGAGAAAGGUGCCCAUUUCCACGAAGUCACCACAGACAACAAGCUGUUAAGAAUAUUCAAGAACGGCAACGUCCUCUAUUCUAUACGAUUGACAUUAACCCUUUCCUGUCCGAUGGACCUGAAGAACUUC